AUGCAGCGAUGGCCGCGCAAACGGUGUUGUCGCGCAUCAACGCUAGGCUUGCGCACCUUUGUGCUGGUGCGCCGUCGUGCGCCAAGCGAAUUCAUCGCCUCUUCGUCCCACGCAUCCUCCGGUGCAGCGCCGCCGUGGACAGUCGAGCAUCAGCGUUCCUGUAUUAUCAUUCCACCGGUGGAAAGGCUGACGACGCCACCGAGUCCGCGGCUGUCGAGCCGCUAUGUCGACUCGCAGAUUCUGAACGACGGUAGAACGCAGCAGGCAGAUGCACAGGAGCUCGAUCAUUUUCGGUUUGCCAUCAAGAACAGCGAGAGGGGACUGCUCGACCACGGCGUCACCCCCGACGCGAUCUCCUCCAUUGCUGAGGCCGAGGAGGAGUACCGGGCAAGCUCGUCCUACCUGCACAACCGACCCGGUGGCGCUGGCAUGCCUGAGUCGGAGACGCACGUGGAUGACGUGACGGGGCAGCAGGUUACCACGACCCGGAUUGCGGCGCCGUUCGGGGAGACCUACGUACCCUCCAAUCGAGAGCGGUUUGUGGAGCAGCAGCGCGUGGGCGAGCUGAGUCGGCAGCGCAACCUCGUCGACAAGCCAUUUAUGCUGGACGAGCACGCACAGCUGAACCUGCGGAAGGAGCGUCAGCUGUGCGAGCUGCUAGCCUCUCCGAUGCCCCAGCUCGCGAAAGCGGAGGAGGUGGCACACUUUCUGCUUACUGGCGUCUACGCGCAGAACCUGGCUCUGCAGCCACGGACAUGUGAGUCAGUAAUGCUGCUCUACUCUCAUGCGAGUUUCUUCCGUCGGCUGGCGGCCCGGUCUAGCGGGGCAGACACCCCUGCGGUGCCGCGGACGCCGCAGGAUGUCCCGUUUCUGGAUGACAUGCGGCGCCUGUACACCCAUCAGAAGCGCUGCUUUAUCAGCCCGACACCCCUUUCACUGGAGCAUCUUAUGACAACACUCAGCGUCAUUACGGCACCGAGCACGACCGCCUUCCAUCUCGCCAAUAGACUUCUCCUCGAUGCGGAUAAGUUUGUUCUGCUGCCGACUCGCACGACGUACACGGCAUACUUUACCCUAUGCCACGUGAACAACGCGAUGCAGUUCGCGAUGGCGCGUUACACCGACGCCGUGCAAGCGCUGCAGCUUCCCGUCGACGCGCCAAUGCUGACAGCGCUGCUGAAGGGCUUGAAUGAGAGCGGCUACGUGGAGGAGGCGGUUUCGCUGCUGUCUCGAAUGCGGCACGUGGCGGUGUCCACGCCGCUCCUGAAUGCGUCGCUGGAGACGCUCCUGCUCUCGGAGCAGGCGCUCUCGUGCUUCUCACUCUAUGAUGCCAUGCGUGAGUCCUCGGUGAAGCCGAACGCAGAGACGUAUACACUGCUGUUGCUUGCUUGUGAGAAGUCGCAGCAGUGGCGCCGUGUGACGGCGAUCCUCGCUGAGAUGCAGCGCCGCCGUGUGCGUGGCAACGAACAGACGCUGAACCUGCUGCUCAAGGGCCUGCUGCAUGAGCGGCUCCACAGUUUUGCGGCCCAGCUGUAUUACAUGAUGCUGGAAAAGAAGGUGCCCUUGUGGCCAGCGCUGGAGCUUGGUGUGCGGCCGCUGCUGCAGUAA